CUCUUCCUAGUCCUCCAUUUCUCCUCGUCCUCACCUUCUGUUCGCAUCUCUUUUUCUCUCUCCUCCGUCUUUUUAUCUAAAUUCACCAAAUCAAUUAAAGUUACCAAACACUUUCUUUUCUUCUGACUUUCACUCUUCCCUUUUCUUUCUCUUUUCCUCCAAACACUCCCUUAACAAAAUAAAAGUUGAACAAUUAGUAUCUCUUUGAAUCUUCCCUUCUUCCCGAACACGUCCUUAAACCAAAAAAUAACCCACCAUGGAUUCUUAUCAUUACACCAUCAUCACUUUCAUCUUAAUUAUCUCUCUCCUCUACUACCCCCACCUUACUUUUGCCGGUUUACUUGCUGAACCGGUCCAACCUAUUAAACCGGGGGACUACCCAAGCACUCCAAACACAGUACCCGCGUUCCCGCUUCAAACCGACUCACAAUCCUGCCACCUUGACCUCUCCGACGAGCUUUUCGGUGGGGUUAAUGAAGCUUGUGGUCAUAACCUCGACCGGAGCCGUUGCUGUCCGGUUCUUGCUGCUUGGCUUUACGCGGCGCACGCUCGUUCUGCUCUCGAAAUUCCUCCGGCUCGACCCCCGGUUUCCCCUGAUUCAGACUCCGAGUUACCCAUGAUGCCCGAAUCUGACUCGCAAAAAUGCGUUAACUCGCUCCAGAACUCGCUUGCAAAACGGAACAUCACGCUUCCUCAGCCAAACGCCACAUGCGACACUAUUUUGUGCUUUUGUGGCAUUCGGCUUCACCAAAUUGCGUCGUUAAGUUGCCCUGCGGCGUUCAAUUUGACGGGGAAUUACCGGAAUGCGACGCCUACUGCUAAUGUCAGGUAUUUGGAGAAAAACUGUCGAAAUUCUACUUAUGGUGGCUGUACGAAAUGCCUUGGUGCUCUCGAAAAGUUAAAAGGGCGAGGCAAAAAUGGAACAAAGAGCGAAGGAGGAGGCAGUAGUAGAGCAUCAAAGAUGUUCAAUAGAGACUGCCAGCUAAUGGGGCUGACAUGGCUUCUAGCGCGGAACAAGACAGCUUACAUACCAACCGUCUCAGCUGUACUGCGCGCUAUCAUGUAUAGCACGCACCCUCCUCACCAAUCAAAAUGCAGCCCUGAUCAAGAAAACAUGCCUCUCGCCGUUGAUUCUCUCCAGUUUGGCAGAUCCCACUCUUCCGCUUCAUCUCUGCUUUCCGUGCAUUUUUCCCGUUCCAUUUCCUCCCUCUUAUUUAUCCAUGUCAUUGCCAUCAACCUUGUGUUUCUAUUACCCUGAUUAACAAAAUUGUAACUGUUAAAAUGAAACAGAUGGGAUCAGACUUCAGAGGGAGUAUGAUACGGAGUACAACUUUCUCUGUGUAAAACACUGUGUCUUUCUUUCUUUCUUCUGUAGACUGUAGUUGUCCGCUUCUUCUGCUUCACCUUCUACUGGUCGUAUCUUCUGUUGUUUGGGUUGUCAGGGUCACGUGAAGCUAGUGGACACUUUUUGGGCACGGCUAUUUUUGUCAUUUAACCCGCUGUAAAUUUUCUUAUCGAUAACAAGUUGGGAUUUUUGUAGUCAUUAUUUUGUCUCAUUAUUUGGGUAUCUUCUAUGUAUAUGUGCAGCUGGAGGAGAGCCAUUCACAUUAGUGAAUCUUACAUUA